CCACCGUCAUCGUAUAUCUCUUCAGUUUCUUCAUUUUUAGUCAUGUCUGAGAACGUUCUGGAUGCUGCAACUCAGGGAGAGGGCGAGCACGACCCUCACUUCGAGCCAGUUAUGAAGCUCACCGAGAAGGUGGACACGAAGACGAAUGAGGAGAACGAGGAUGUCGUUCUGAAACUGCGUGCUAAGCUCUUUCGCUUUGAGGCUUCCAGUUCUGAGUGGAAGGAGCGCGGUACUGGCGACGUCAAGCUACUCCAGGAUCGUACCACGCAGAAGAUUCGUCUCGUCAUGAGGAGAGAUAAGACGUUCAAGGUCUGCGCCAACCACGCGAUCACAUCUGAGAUCAAGCUUCAGCCGAACGUUGGCUCUGACCGCAGCUGGGUAUAUAAAGUGCAGGCUGACGUGUCCGAGGGUGCCCCAACCGCCGAGACGCUGGCAAUCCGCUUUGCGAACAAAGACAACGCUGAGACUUUCAAGACAAAGUUCCAGGAAGCUCAGGCCAGCAACGCAGCCAUCACCCAGCACGAGGAGGCGAAAGAGGAGCCUGCUGAGGAGGUCAAGGUGGAGGAGCCUGCCGCAGAGGAGCCGAAGCCUGAAGAGCCGACCGAGGAGGCGAAGCCCGAAGAGACCGCUGCUGCUGAGGAGCACGCCGACGAGUAA